CGUCGUCGGAUGUAAAAGUAGGACGCGACGACUUCUACAAGUACUAGCAAUCAAGGUCUCGUCAGCAGGCGACAUCUGCUACUUUUCAUAACCUCAACCACCAUUCAAAGCUCAACAUGGAUACCGUUUCGACCUACAGCUUCGGCAACCUCGCCUGGCUUUCCACGCAGGCAGUACCUCUGAUCAUCUGGCCAUCGUCCAUAGGAGCUCUCCUACGUGUUGAAGAUGCCACCUCAAGCUCUCUAGAAGCCUACUUUGCUCGGUCACUCGGGUUUGCCCUCCUGGCCUUGGGCCUUAUCGUGGUCCUUCUCUCUGGCGCCGUUCCAUUAGGCUCCGAAGUUGACGGUAAGAUCAUAUCCCACCGAGAUGGUUCCUCCAAACUGACUCAGACAGCCCCCCAAAAUGGCCUGUCUCCCUAUGCAAGCGCUGCUCUCACAAUUGCGGUUCUCCAUCACACUGCCGCUGCCUGCUACACUUACUCACGCUACGCGUGGACCGGACAGACGGGUUUCAUCCUCGGCACGAUUGGAAGCAGCUUCUUCGCGGCAUUGGGGCUGUAUUGCAUUAUGUUUGCGGGCGAUAAGGCCAUGAUCAGUCGGUAUCACAAGUUUGACCAAGGAACCAGCGGGUUCCCGUUCAAGAACAAGGAGUCCUACCGCUCCAAGAAGAAGGCGCUGUAGA